UUACAGGCGAAUUGAUGAUAUAUAAAUCAGUUGAUUCGGCUACUAAUCAAGAUGAUGUAGUCAACUAUCCACCGGAAUUUUUAAACUCGCUGGAUUUGCCAGGAUUGCCACCUCACAAUCUUCAAUUAAAGGUUGGAUCGGUGGUUAUAAUGUUGCGAAAUAUCAACCAACCGCGUCUUUGCAACGGUACACGGUUAGCGAUAAAAAAAUUACUAAACAAUGUGAUAGAAGCAACUAUACUCAAAGGAAAGUAUAAAGGAGAAGAUGUUCUCAUACCGCGCAUCCCAAUGAUUCCGACUGAUGUGCCAUUUGAGUUUAAACGACUACAGUUUCCAGUGCGUCUUGCUUUUGCUAUGACUAUAAACAAGUCCCAGGGGCAAUCAUUAAGUGUUUGUGGUAUUAAUCUAGAAAACCCAUGUUUCUCACAUGGUCAAUUGUAUGUUGCCUGUUCCCGUGUUGGAAAACCAUCAGAUUUGUUUAUCUAUGCGCCAGGUAAUCAAACAAGAAACAUCGUAUACCACAAAGUACUACAAUGAUAAUAAUAAUAAUUAUGAUUCACAUGAUUAACAAUAA